GGUAUCUUUAACUCCUCAAAUGUCUGCAAGCGCUGUGUCUUCCUUGUAUUCGGUGCUGGCCACUUCGUCUCCUCAGCAGCCAGGCAGUGGUAAGUCCAACAUUUGUGGGAAAUCAAAGGAACCAACGCUGAUGUUCUGUAGGACCUCAACCAGGAGAUGCUGGUUCAUCGUCAGGGUCGAGCAGUGUCGAUUCGGAAGCUGGCGCUUCUGGCUCCGAUGGAGGCGGUUUUAACAUGUCGAGGGGCGCGAUCAUAGCCAUUAUAGUCGUAGCAGUUUUCGUAUGCGUUUUUGGCAUUGUCUCGGCAAUUUUGUUUUAUUUGGCCAAGAAGAGGGAUUGGAAAGUCCGCGAAAGCAUACGCCGCUCAGCAAGAAAAGUUGCUUCGGCUUUGACGCCUAGAAGUUCAAGAUUUCCGAAAGACGUCCACAGUAGACGAGGCUUGACCAAGAUAGAUGAGGUUCCAACCACUCCGAGGAACAGGAGUGCCGAUGUGGAAAAAGGGAACACAAAGCAGAUGACUUUUGAAUUGACUUCGCCACCGAAGAAGUCGAGGUGGGAAAGGAAAGCUGGCCGAUGAUAUGCAGGGCAGUCAUCCACUUAUGAGUUCAAGUACAUGUGAUAUAGAAUUUUGUUGC